GAUACGGUCAGGUCUUGGGAGGAGCACCGUGACGUAGACUAGGCCUAGCCUAGAUCGUUUUUCCUUCAAGUGAAAAGUGCAACAACGUUUUUAAAAAUGAAUAUUAGUUUUAUUUCAUACAAGUAUUUUUAUUAGCUGAAACCGUAUUAUUUAUAUUUUGAUUAAAAAAAAUAUACAGUAAUACAAAUUGUUUCUGUCCGUUGUGAGUCUAUUCUUGCCACAUUCAACUCACAUGACCAAUCAUGGCUGACGAACGUGAACCACCUCCUCUCUUUGAAGAAGAAGGAGAGCAACUAUUCAAAGAGGAGGAUAAGCAAGAAGAAGAAGACAUUUUCAAAGAUGCUUCCGAGACCAAACCGACUGAAAAUGAAAAGCAAAAGGAACUGUCAGAUAGUGAUGAUUUGUUUGGAGAUGGAACUACCAAAGAGAUUUCAUUAGAUGAUGCACAAGAUGAUGAACCAGCAAAUCUUGAUGCAGAACCAAUCGACAAGAAGGAUGAUGAAGAUGAUGAACCAGUUGAAGAUUCUCUUCCUUCUUCCCCAGCAACAGCUACGGCAACUACCGAGACGGUGGCUGCACCUGGUGCCUCCAAAGCCAAAGCAGAGGAAAAAAAUGAUGAGAGCGAUCUGUUUGAAGAGGAUCAAGACAAAUUCGAGAUGGAAAUUGUAAUUACUGAUCCACAAAAAGUUGGAGAUGGCAUGAUGGGAUCAUAUAUGGCUUAUAAAGUAAACACAAAGACUUCAAAUCCAGCUUUUAAGAAAUCCGAGAUGAGUGUAAUGCGACGUUUUAGUGAUUUUCUUGGACUAUAUCAGAAACUGUCUUCAAAGCAUGCCACCAAAGGGAUCAUAGUACCUCCUGCUCCUGAGAAAAGUGUUGUUGGUAUGACUAAGGUAAAGAUGGCAAAGACACAAGAAGAGACGACAUCGAUGGAAUUCAUUGAGAAACGCAGGGCUUCUUUGGCACGGUUUCUAAACAGAACUGCUAACCAUCCACAACUCUGCACCGACAGUGACUUUGUAGAAUUCCUUGAAAAAGAUGAUUUGCCAAAAGCUACAAAUACGCAGGCCUUGAGUGGAGCGGGUGUAAUGAGGGUUUUCAACAAAGUGGCUGACGCAGCGUCUAAGGCCACCUCUAAGAUGACAGAAUCUGAUCAGUGGUUUGAGGAAAAGCAAAAUCAAGUUGACAAUUUAGAGCAGCAUCUGAAGAAACUACAUGCUAGUGUUGAAAACAUGGUGCUUCACAGGAAAGAUCUUGGUUUAGCAACAGGACAGUUUGCCAAGAGUGCAGCAAUGCUGGGUAAUUCUGAAGAGCAUACAGCUCUUUCCAGGGCUAUAUCUCAACUAGCAGAAACCGAGGAGAAGAUAGAUGCUCUACAUAUGGAGCAAGCCAAUACAGACUUCUUCAUAUUUUCAGAACUAUUGAAGGACUAUGUUGGUCUUAUUGGUGCUGUCAAGCUUACCUUCCGUGAACGUGAAAAGUGCUUUCAUGUGUGGCAGAAUGCCCAAGCUAUGUUAGCUAAGAAACGAGAAACUGAAGCUAAACUACAGUCUGCAGGCAAACCAGACAAACUAGCCCAAGUUAAAUCAGAAAUCAAAGAGUGGGAAGAAAAGGUAGAAAAGGGACAAGAAGAGUUUGGGAAGAUAUCAAAGACCAUCAGAAAAGAAGUUAGCAGAUUUGAACAUAAUCGUGUACGUGAUUUCCGUGAAGUUGUCAUUAAAUAUUUGGAGGCUCUGAUGGAUCACCAACAACAGCUCAUCAAAGAAUGGGAAAACUUUUUGCCGGAAGCUAAAGCCAUUGCAUAAAUUGAUGUUACUCCCCCUGGUGGAAUCAUGACAAACAUGCCGAGUGCAUUAAACAUGUCAGGUCUUUGUAUUCCCCUCAGAAUGAUCAUGUAUUGAUUAUUUAGUUGUUGUUUUAUGUUGUUUACAAAUGUUAUUUUAUAUAUAAUACGUCUAAAAGCUAUUUUAAUUAAAAUGUAUGAGUGCUCAAAAUAAUGUAGUAGCGUUCAUUUAUUGUUUAAGAAUUCUACUCUGCCGCUAUUGGAUUUUUGUGGCAGAAUUAAUGUUGAAUUACUUUAUGCACUUUGUGUAUAGAUCAAACUAUCAUUUUUGUAGAAUUUGUACUAGGCCUAGUAAUUUUUUGAUUACUGAAACAGUAAUAAUAACAACUAAUUAUGAGUUAUUAUGUAAGGUUUUUAUACACCAUGAUAGAGUACAAGGUCAUGAGAUCUCAGAACAUUAUUCAUAUACAGUUCAUACAUCAUGAUAUUUUUGACAUAAUUGCAUUUCAUAAGCUGUGUUUUUGUUUUAUUUAUAUACGUUAAAAUUUAAUUAUAUUAUAUGAUACAGUAUAUGAAUAUUCACCAUUCCAUUAUGUUGAUAUGUUUUGUAUAUUAUAUUUCAUGUUGCAAUUUUUGUGGAGAUGCGGAUCAAUACUUUAAUAACCAGUAACGUCAGUGUUUGGUGUGUAAUGAACGUUUGAAAUUAGAGAGCUUGCGAUUGCGUGACAACAUGAUGCUAUAACAAAUUCACUUGUGUGACUGUCUUACGUUCUCUGCACAAGGUAGAUUCGGCCAAAUUCUGUCCUGGAAUCCAUGCGAAUCCAUAACUGGACGGUCUUGUGUGUGCAGAUGACUUUUAGUGACGUCAUUACGUUCUGCCGUUGUCAUGCAAUUGAAGCCCCUUAUUAGCUUAAAAAAAACCUGAAAACAAUGUUUGCUAUGUUGCUAUUCUACGACCUCAUUGCUGUCAUUGCUAAUGCUUUUGACUGCAGCACAAUUAGAUUUUGUUUACUGAAUUACUUCACCUGCUCAAUUUUGCCUUCGAUAUGAUGUGACGCAGAUCAUUUUGGCUUAUACAAAUGCUAUGUAACUCAGAAUCGUUUAGAUUCCUGUGCUUGACAGUGAUUUUCAAUUUAUUCAGUAACCAAUCUAUAUACAUUAUAUACAUAUAUAUAAUGUAUGUAUGUGUGUGUAUAUAUAAAUAUAAAUGUUUUUAUAUGUAUAUGUAUGCAUUGCUUCGCAGAAAGUGAAAUUCAUCACUGUGCUUAUGCUAUGUUUGAAUUCUUAAUGAAUAUAAGCUGGACAGAAAGAUUAACCAAUGAUGAUGGUGUAAUGUUGGUUGGAUAUAGACCUAUAGUAACACUAGGAAAAGUCAAUAAAUUACUUGUGACAAGUCUAAGACUAUAGAUAAGCAACAACAGAUUCGAAUCGAAUGUUUAUGUUCAGAUCGUGUAACUUCACUUUGAAAGAACUAUAAUUUUAAAGGAUAAGUGACUUGUUGAUACUCAAUAUAGGCUCUUUAUUCCAAAACAAAUGUCUAAGCUAAAAAACAAAUUGUUUUAAACCCAACUCAACGAUGUCAUAUCUAGAGAGCAUGGUAUUAAUGUAUACAUACACUUUGCAGUACUUAUAUCUGUAUGGUUGAUUAAAAAGUAAAAUUAUGAUAGUAUUUUUUUGAUUGCAUUAAAUGUCAUCAGAGAGAUGCUAUAAACUCUCUGAUAACGUCACAAAAAGUUUAUUAUUAAAGUUCAGACAUUUAUUUGUCAGAAAGUGAAAUUGAUCACUA